AUGGAGAGGUUGCUAACAGUUCAAAGUAGACAAAAAAGCUAUAUCGACAAGAAGCGUAGUGAUCUCACAUUUAAAAAUGGCGGCCAUGUGUUCCUCAAAGUAUCUCCCUACAAGGGAAUUAUCAUAUUUGGGAAGAAAGAGAAGUUGUAUCCUAGGAAGUACAUUCCCAAUUUCAAUCAUAUAAUUCAAUGUGAAGAUGUGCAAUUAGCAAAGGACUUAUCUUAUGAAGAGCUCUUAAACCAAAUCCUAGUCAGGCAAACCAGGAAAUUGAGGAACAAAGAGAUGAAUAUGGUCAAGAUGUUUUGGCACAACAACUUUAUAGAAGAAAUAACAUGGGAAGUAGAAUAG